AUUAAUUUUCCCUUCUAAAAAUAAUGAACUCUCAAGAGUACUUGUAGCUCAUCAUUUAUACUUCGUAACACUAGUCUACUACCACCCUUCAAAGUUCAAACCCAUUUCACAGUACUGCCUUGCCAGAUUUUCUAUUGAAUAUUAGAGACAGAGGAGUAUACACUUCAAUCUCUGCAAUAAUAUUAAAUUUCGGCUUCAUUUUUCUCAAAUUUUGUCCUUUUCAUUGAGAUUUAUGUGGAAAAAUUCAUUCCAUAAAUUCUUUCCAUUCACUUAUGAAUUCAGCAUUUUCCCAAUCACCCACAAGGCCGAAAUCGGAUCUUGAGACAGGGUCAAAGAGUGGUUUGAUAGGUGAUGUUGGUAAUGCACAAGAGGAGUUGCUCUUGGUUACUUCUUGUUGCUGUUGGCUCAGUUGUGGUGUUAAUAUGUCUUGCUCAAUUCUCUUUGUCACCGUGGGGAUCUACUAGAAAUUAUUUUAGUGUAAAGCAAGCUCAAACAACAUGCAUUCCACAUAAUAUUCAAGCUUCCCAAUCGGGGCUUAGCUUGUCUUGUCGCUUCCCUGCUGAUUUACAUAAGGCAGUUGUUUAUCAUGGUGCUCCUUGGAAAGCUGAAAUAGGACAGUGGCUUUUGGGUUGUGAUUCAGUUGUUAAUGAAAUAAGUAUCACUGAGAAAAUUAGUGGGAAGGUCUGCAAAAAUUUCUGCAGUGGUCGAGGUGUUUGCAAUCAUGAACUUGGACAAUGUCGUUGCUUUCAUGGAUAUAGCGGUGAACAAUGUUCAGAAAUACUGUACCUAGCUUGCAACUAUCCUGUAACCCCGGAUCUACCCUAUGGUCGGUUUGUUGUCUCAAUUUGCCCGGGUCAGUGUGAUACAACAAGAGCUAUGUGUUUUUGUGGAGAAGGUACAAAGUAUCCUUAUCGUCCCGUGGCUGAGCAUUGUGGGUUUAAGAAAAAUGCAAGUUCUAUACUUCAAUUGACUGACUGGGGAAAACCUGAUACGGAUGUGUUUACAACAAAUAGAAGCGUGCCAGGAUGGUGCAAUGUGGACCCAGGAGAAGCAUAUGCUGGCAAGGCAAAAUUUAAAGAAGAAUGUCAUUGUAAAUAUGAUGGACGCAUAGGGCAGUUUUGCGAAGUACCUGUUAUGUCAGCCUGUAUAAAUCAGUGUUCAGGCCAUGGAUUUUGCCGUGGUGGAUUUUGUCAGUGUCAUGGAGGAUGGUAUGGAGCUGAUUGCAGUAUCCCCUCAGUUUCAGCAUCAAUCAGUGACUGGCCUCAGUGGUUACGUCCUGCUCACAUUGAUUUGCCUGGACCUGGUCAUGAACAUGCUGCUGAAACUAUUGAUGAGCUUGGUGCUCUCGUUACAAAGAAAAGGCCAUUGAUAUAUGUUUAUGAUUUGCCCCCAGAAUUCAAUAGUCUUCUCCUUGAGGGACGCCAUUUCAAAUUUCAGUGUGUAAAUAGACUUUAUGAUCAUAGAAAUGCUACAGUUUGGACAGAACAACUUUAUGGUGCACAGAUGGCAUUUUAUGAAAGCAUUUUAGCUAGUCCAUAUAGAACACUGAAUGGUGAUGAAGCAGAUUUUUUCUUUGUUCCUAUUCUUGAUUCAUGCCUCAUUACUCGUGGUGAUGAUGCUCCCCACCUGAAUAUGCAGGAGCAUAGAGGUGUGAGGAGCUCCUUCACUUUGGAGUUCUACAAGAAGGCAUAUGAUCACAUUGUAAAACAUUAUCCUUAUUGGAAACGUUCAUCUGGAAAAGACCAUAUUUGGUUUUUCUCAUGGGAUGAAGGUGCUUGCUAUGCUCCUAAGGAGAUAUGGAACAGCGUGAUGUUGGUUCACUGGGGCAACACAAAUACGAAACAUAAGCAUUCAACUACUGCCUACUGGGCAGACAACUGGGAUGGCAUAUCCCCUGAUAGAAGAGGCAACCACCCCUGUUUUGACCCUAGCAAAGAUCUAGUUCUUCCUGCUUGGAAACGGCCUGAUGGGGAAUCUUUUAAGGCUAAACUUUGGGCAAGGCCUCAUGAACAGAGGAGGACACUUUUCUACUUUAACGGGAAUCUCGGGCCAUCCUAUGAGCUUGGCAGACCACAAGCUACAUAUAGCAUGGGCAUUAGACAAAAAUUAGCUGAAGAAUUUGGUUCAAGUCCUAAUAAAGAUGGGAAGCUGGGCAGGCAGCACCAGGAAGAUGUAAUCGUGACGCCAUUACGCUCUGAUAAAUAUAAAGAAGAAUUGGCUAGUUCUGUUUUCUGUGGGGUUUUUCCUGGAGAUGGGUGGAGUGGUAGAAUGGAAGAUAGCAUCCUCCAUGGAUGCAUUCCUGUGAUUAUCCAGGAUGGCAUUUUUCUUCCAUAUGAAAAUGUCCUCAACUAUGAAAGUUUUGCUGUGAGGAUUAGCGAGGAUGAAAUUCCGAACUUGAUAAAGGUUCUAAGGGCAUUUAAUAAGACAGAGAUAGAAUUUAAGUUGGCUAAUAUUCAGAGAAUUUGGCAGCGGUUUUUGUAUCAUGAUUCCGUCUUGCGGGAGGCUGAGAGGCAGAAAUCUGUUUUUGGUCAUGUCGAUGAUUGGGCUGCAGAGAUACUGAAAUUAACUGAAGAUGAUGCAUUUGCAACACUUAUACAGGUUUUGCAUUACAAGUUGCAUAACGACCCUUGGAGGAAACAAGCUCCUUACUUAAGGAGGGCUUCUGGUCUACCCCAAGAAUGCCUGGCGAAAGGCUAACUGGAUCAGUUCCGCUCUACAAACAAUACUGACUUGAUGAGAAACGUUGAUAUUGGUAACAGAUAAAUAAACAGUGAAAAUACAUCAACAACCACAAGUUCUUUUUUCAGCUUGAAGUCAGCAACCUCAAUGCAGCUUGAUAUCAACGAGAUUCUGAUUCAAGAACACAAUACAAAAGUGAGGGAUCAUGGAUUUGGGACUACAAAUGAACAUAAUUACUUUUGUAUCGAUAGCUAGAACUAUAUAACAUAGGAAGCACAUUUGUACAGAUAUUAUCACAAUGUAUACGCAAUAUGGCAUUGCUCCUGUCCUCGCAAUAAUUCAUUUGACAAGGUUUAUAUCA